AUGACAGAUUAUGGUAGCUAUUUUACAACAGCUCCCGUAACAACUGGUUAUGAUCGUAAUAGCUUUGAUGCAUUUAGUUUAAAUCCAAAUUUAAAUUUUACAACAACAACAAAUACUAAUGGAUCAUUAAUGGCUACAGCAUACAGUAAUAAUACCAUUCAACAACAACAACAACAACAACAACAGCAGCAACAACAACUUUAUGAGCAAUAUACAAAUUCAUAUGGACAAUUGGCUGGAAGUACGAGACAUUUAACCGUUGGGAAUCAUCAAUCGAUGCUACAAACUUCAAUGCAAGCUAGUUCUACGACAAAGACAAUUACUAAUACAACAGCUGCACAAUCCUAUUGUACAGCCGAUUCUUUACAAGCUUUCUUACAAACAGGACUUCAUUAUAAAUUGUAUCAAAAUCAAACAUCACUCCUCUCAACAGCUGAUGCAAUGCGAGCUAAUACAGCAAGCUUAAUGGCUGGCAUACAAGGAUCCUCAUUUGUUGGUGCCAUUUGUGGUAGGAAUAAUCCAAUGGAAAGAAGAAAACAACGUAGGAUUCGAACAACAUUCACAUCUAUACAGCUGAAAGAGCUAGAACGAACAUUCUUGGAAACCCAUUAUCCGGAUAUUUACACUCGUGAAGAUCUGGCAAUGAGAAUAGAUCUGACAGAAGCACGAGUACAGGUUUGGUUCCAGAAUCGACGAGCCAAAUAUCGAAAACAAGAAAAAAUGCGACGUAUGAAAGAACAGAUCCGCACUCAAAAGAACACACAAUCCGGUGGUAAUAGUCUCACACUGAAUAGCAAGGAUGAUGAAGAACGAAAUUGUGGACAUGAAGUUUCAUCUAGUAACAACAUCAUACUUGAUGGAGUUCUACAAUAA